GGGAGGGCCCUCCCUACUGCGGGCCAGGGCCUCUCGCGGCGUAUAUAAGAAGGUCCAGAGGCGGUUCGCUUCAGCUCGCGCUUGACCUGGCUCGCGAUAUCUUGUCCGCACCAUCAUGAAGCUGACUGUCCUCUUUGGCGUGGCCGUGGCCCUGUAUGGCCUUGUGGGUUCAGCGCGUGCCAUACCUUCCCCCGUGGCCGACCCUUACCCCGUGGCAGACCCUGAGCCGGUGGCCGACCCUUACCCCGUGGCCGACCCUUACCCCGUGGCAGACCCUGAGCCGCUGGCAGACCCUUACCCCGAGGCAGAUCCUUACCCUAAAGCCGAUGCUGAAGAAGGAUGUUGGUGUUUCUUAUUUUGUAAAUGUGAUUAAAGGAAUUCAUGUUUGCUUUCAUUGAAAUGGCUGGAAUAUAAUCGUAAAUCUAAAUGUUACACGUGUUAAAGCAAACUUUUUAUUGGAUACAAAUGAUAAAAAUGGACAGUAUGAAGUAGUGAGAAAAAAGAAGAUAGAAGAGAAAAUAAAAAGAUCUACAUAUGGAACAUCAGCAAAAGCAAUGGUAUAUAAAUCAACCUACGAAACCUAUACAUGCUUAGUCUUUUUUUUUUUUUUUUUUUUUUCAUUGUGCUUUGCUAUCGCUAUUUACAAUGGAGUUGUGGCAGAUAUAAAUGAAUGAAUGAAAUGAUAUUACUAACAAACAAAAUAGACCAAACAAUUUUCUUUGUUCAACUUUUAUUCAAGUAAAGGGGAAUUACCCCGCAAGAUAUAAUGUUUCGAUGUGUGCGAUGUAACUGUUAAAGUUUUAAGAAAUACUUGCUUCAGCGAAUAAAGACUUAAGACUAUU